GUAAUUCAUGCGCACUUUUCCAAAUCGAACGGUCAACACACUUAAUCCUAAGUGUCACCGUCGAUUGUAGCAGCCUCAGUCUGAACUUUUACUCAUGGGGUUAAUAGCGUGAAAAUAAUGACAUUUUCUGGCUCGCAGUGUGUCCAUGAAUUACUAGAAUCUCGGUGCGAGCUAUAGAUCGCGAAAUCUUAAAACAAUUAGGGGCAGAUCGGCAGUUGAAGUUACGGAUCCAGUCGGGAAUUCGGAUUCAGUGCAAAAUUUGGGUGCUGUAGCCGUAUCUUCGAGCUCAAAUUGGUGGACAUAUGCUUAAUUUUCAGUAAAUAAGGCAGGGCUCGAUGUACAUUGUGGUGGAUCGGAAUUGAAACUGUGAAAUGGAGUUUAGUAGGGAAUGUGGACAUAAAUUAUUGCGGAGGAAAUAAAAUUAGGCUCUGUACUGAGGAUUUGCGGCAGUUUUUCUGAAGAUUGCUGAUUAAACAAUGUCUGAGGACGAGAAGUUGCUCAAGGAGGCAAAGAAGUGGCCCUGGGAGGACCGCCUGUUUCACAAGAACUGGAAGGUUCGAAAUGAUGGGAAUAUUGAUUUGGCCGCAGCCUGUGAUGCCAUUACAGAUCCGAAGGAUCCCCGUCUUAGAGAAUUCGGUUCAUUUUUCAAAAAGACAGUAGCAGACUCAAAUGCACCAGUGCAAGAGAAGGCACUUGAUGCUCUGAUUGCAUACUUGAGGGCAGUUGAUGCAGAUGCUGGGAGGUAUUCCAAAGAAAUAUGCGAUGCUAUUGUUGCAAAGUGUCUUACAGGUCGUCCAAAGACAAUAGAAAAGGCACAAAAUGUGUUUUUGCUUUGGGUGGAGCUAGAAGCUUCAGAAGUCUUCUUAGAAGUUAUGGAGAAGGCCAUAAAAAAUAAGGUUGCAAAGGCAGUAGUGCCAGCCAUUGAUGUUAUGUUUCAAGCUGUCAGUGAAUUUGGGACAAAAAUUGUUCCUCCGAAGAAAAUUUUGAAGAUGCUUUCAGAACUUUUUGAUCAUCAAGACCAGAAUGUUCGAGCAUCUGCGAAAGGCUUAACAAUAGAGCUUUGCAGGUGGAUUGGCAAAGAUCCAGUAAAGUCAAUCUUAUUUGAGAAAAUGCGAGAUACUAUGAAAAAGGAACUUGAGGCAGAGUUGGCCAAUGUGGUUGUUGCUCCAAAACCCACCCGUAAGAUCAGAUCAGAGCAACUAAAGGAGUUAGAGCAAGAAGUUGUGGAAGCAGUUGAGUGCCCCAGGCCUGUUGAUGAAGCUACUGCUUCUGGUCCGCAAGAGAUUGAUGAGUAUGAUCUAGUUGACCCUGUUGACAUACUGACUUCGUUGGAAAAGUCAGGUUUUUGGGAGGGAGUGAAAGCUGCAAAAUGGUCAGAAAGACGGGAUGCAGUUGCAGAGCUCACUAAACUUGCUUCAGUUAAAAAAAUUGCUCCUGGAGAUUUUACUGAAGUUUGUAGAACGUUGAAGAAGCUUAUCACAGAUGUAAACUUAGCUGUAGGGGUGGAGGCUGUUCAAGCAACAGGAAAUCUCGCAAAAGGUUUGAGAAAAGAUUUUGGUGGGGGUUCACGUCUACUGCUUCCCAUUUUACUGGAUAAACUGAAAGAGAAGAAAGCAGUCAUGUCCGACGCUCUCACACAAACUCUUCAGGCUAUGCAUAAAGCUGGCUGUCUUUCUCUUAUCGAUGUCAUUGAAGACGUAAAACUAGCAAGCAAGAACAAGGUUCCUUCAGUGCGUUCCUUGACGCUAAAUUGGGUUACAUUUUGCAUUGAAUCGAGUAAUAAAGCUGUGGUUUUAAAGCUUCACAAGGAUUACGUUCCUAUUUGUAUGGAGUGUCUAAAUGAUGGUACACCAGAUGUACGGGAUGCUUCGUUUUCUGCACUGGCAGCAAUUGCUAAGUUAGUUGGUAUGAAACCUCUUGAAAGAUCCCUGGAGAAGCUAGAUGAUGUGAGAAGAAAUAAACUUAUUGAAAUGAUUGCAGCCAGCGGGAAUGCUCAAGUGCCUAGUCUACCUUCAGGUACAUCACGAGCAAUUCCUGGUGGCUGUGGUUCUUCACCUUCUGAGGCUGAUGAGAAUGGAUUUGUAAAAAGAUCAGCUGCUAGUAUGCUAAGUGGAAAGAAGCUUGCUUCUCCAAACACGCAAAGUGCAAAAAAGAGCACAGGGAAGAAGGCUGAUGAGACAAAGCAGAGCAAGGCUGCAGCUGCAAUUGAAGCUGUUGAAGAUAUUGAGCCAGGAGAAAUGAGCUUGGAAGAAAUUGAAGGAAGAGUUGGGUCUAUAUUCCAAGAGGAAGUACUUCCAAAUUUAAAGAGUACAAUUUGGAAGGAGCGUCUUGAAGCAAUGAACUCAUUAAAGGAGACUGUUGAAAGUUUAAGUGAUCUUGACCAGCGUGCUGAAAUAUUGGUUCGUUUAGUGUGUGUACUCCCUGGCUGGGGUGACAAAAAUGUGCAGGUUCAGCAGAAGGUACUUGAAGUUAUUACACACAUAGUCUCAACUGUCUCCAGAUUUCCAAAGCGGUGUGUUGUGUUAUGUAUUUUAGGUGUUGCUGAGAGAGUUGCAGAUAUUAAAACUCGUAUUCAGGCCAUGCAGUGCCUUACCGCAUUUUGUGAAGCUGUGGGUCCAAAUUUCAUAUUUGACAGGCUUUAUAAGAUAAUGAAAGAACAUAAGAACCCCAAAGUUCUUAGUGAGGGUGUAACAUGGAUGGCUGCUGCAGUUGAGGAUUUCGGAGUCUCUCAUAUCAAGCUGAAGGAUUUGAUAGAAUUUUGUAAGGAUAUUGGAUUGCAAUCUAGUGCUGCAGCCACACGGACCUCCACUACAAAGCUUAUUGGCAUCUUACAUAAGUUUGUUGGUCCUGAUAUUAAGGGGUUUCUUUCAGAUGUCAAGCCUGCGCUCCAGACUGCAAUUGAUGCUGAAUUUGAGAAAAAUCCUUAUGAGGGCCCAGCUGCAACUCCAAAAAAAACAAUAAAAGGAUUAGAUUCUUCAUUAGUGUCUUGUGGAUCUGGAGCUGAUGGAUUGCCACGUGAAGAUAUAAGUGGAAAGAUUUCUCCAACUCUGAUUAAAAACUUGAGCAGUCCUGAUUGGAAGGUUCGUUUGGAGUCAAUUGAGGCAGUCAACAAGAUACUAGAAGAAGCAAAUAAUCGCAUUCAACCUAAUGGAACAGGGGAAUUGUUUGGAGCUCUAAGAGCUCGUUUAUUUGAUUCAAACAAAAACUUGGUGAUGAACACACUAAUAGCUCUUGGAAAUAUUGCAUCUGCAAUGGGCCCUGCAGUGGAGAAAAGCAGCAAGGGUAUAAUUUCCGAUGUUCUAAAAUGCCUCAGUGACAACAAAAAAUUAAUGCGUGAAAGUGUGAUCAAGGCAUUGGACUUAUGGGUUGCUGCUGUUCAACUUGACAAGAUGGUUCCAUAUAUAGCUUCUGCCCUGGGUGAUGUCAAACUUGGUGCUGAUGGUCGUAAAGACCUCUUUGAUUGGCUUAGUAGACAACUUACAAAAGUAAAUGACCAGCCUGAUUUUGUACAAUUGUUAAAACCAACAGCAUCUGCUCUACAGGAUAAGUCUGUUGAUGUUCGUAAAGCAGCAGAAGCUUCUCUGGCUGAAGUAACUCGAGUCUGUGGGCAAGAAAUGAUAGCAAAGGCCAUGAAAGAAUUGCAAGGUCCUGCUUUGACAGCUGUCCUUGAACGCCAGAGAACAGGUGUACUUCAAGAAUUUUCUGAGCCAUCAAAGGCAAUAGUUACAACUCCUGGAGCAAGAUCAGGGGGUAAAAGUGCAAAGCCAAUUGCAAAUGGCGGUGGGGAACGCUCAUCUUCAAGAUCCAGUCACAAAGCUACAGCUUCUAGAACUUUUCCCACUAAGGCUUCAAAGCAAGCAGUCGCUUUGGCUGCUCAGGAUUAUGCAGUUCAAGGACAAGCUUUGUUCAACUUGAAAGAUUCUAAUAAGGAAGAUAGAGAAAGGUCCAUUUCACGAAAGUAUAAAUUUGAGGAGCCUCGUCUUGAACAGAUUCAAGAGCUAGAGAAUGAUCUUGUAAAGCAUUUACGUGAAGAUUUACAUCGGCGCUUACUGAGUUCAGAUUUCAAGAAACAUGUUGAUGGUUUAGACUUGUUACAAAAGGCAAUACAUUCUCAUAUCAAGGAGAUGAUAGAAAUAGUAGAUAUUCUCUUGAGAUGGACCGUUUUUCGGUUCUGUGAGUCCAACACAACUUGCUUAUUAAAGGUUCUCGAGUUUCUUCCAGAAUUUGUAGAUGCUUUGAAGAAGGAAGGUUAUACGUUGACCGAAUAUGAAGCUAAUAUUUUACUUCCUUGCUUAAUGGAGAAGUCAGGGCACAAUAUUGAGAAAGUACGUGAAAAGAUGAGGGAGUUAACAAAACUUAUUGCUGGUAUAUAUCCACCACCAAAGCUUUUUGCAUAUAUAUUGGAAGGCCUGCGUUCAAAGAACAAUCGUUCGAGAAUUGAAUGUGUAGAUCAUAUAGGAUAUAUGAUUGAUCACUAUGGAGUUGAGAUAGCUAGCCCAUCAAAGGCCCUGCAGAUUGUUGCUGGAUUGACAUCAGAAAGAGAUGGUGAACUUCGAAAAGCUGCACUUAACACACUGGCAAUUGCAUACAAAAUACUUGGUGAUGAUAUCUGGAGAUUCGUGGGGAGGCUAGCAGAUGCUCAAAAGAGCAUGCUUGAUGAUAAAUUCAAGUGGAAGGCUCGUGAAAUGGAAAAGAGAAAGGAAGGAAAGCCUGGUGAGGCCAGAGCAGCAUUAAGGCGUUCAGUCAGAGACAUUGGGUUAGAGACUGCUGAACAAAGCGAUGAUUUUAUUCCAAGGCCCAUUUCUGCUCCAGUUUUGCCAAGUAUUCGCACAAGCUAUGGACAUUUUGAGGCCCUUGCAGAUCAACAACUUGCGAAUGGCCCAGCAAUAGGCCCAUCCAAUUGGAAAGCAGCAAUUGAUGUUAUCGACUGUGGAUCACCAGAUCAGGCUGUUGAAGGCAUGAAGUUUGUUUGUUAUGAGCUGAGCCAAGCUAAUAAUAAUUCAAGUAGCACAGUUAUGGAUGACCUUGUCAAUGAUGCAGAUCAACUUGUAUCAUACUUAACAACAAAGGUUGCCAAAACAUUUAGCCUGGUCCUUGUCGGUGCAUCUUCAAGGUCUUGUAAAUAUGUCUUGAACACCCUUAUGCAGACAUUCCAAAUAAAGAAGGUUGCCCAUGGGGUGAAGGAAGAGACGCUGUAUAAUCUUAUAACUGAGCUUCUCUUAUGGCUUCUGGAUGAAAGGGUUCAAUUGGUGGAUGAUGGGAGUCAGCUACUGAAAGCCUUGAAUGUGUUAAUGCUGAAAAUUUUGGAAAAUGCAGACAGAACUUCAGCUUUUGUAGUUCUAAUUCGUCUUCUUCGACCACUAGAUCCUUCUAAGUGGCCCUCUCAAGUGUCUAGGGAUGCUGAUGCUAUCAGAAGCCACAAAUUCUCUGAUCUGAUUGUCAAAUGUCUCAUCAAGUUGACAAAGGUUCUUCAAAGUACUAUUUUUGAGGUUGAUCUUGACCGACUUCUUGAAAGCAUACAUCAAUAUCUGCAAGAAUUGGGGAUGGAAGAAAUUCGCAAGAGAGCUGGUGCAGAUGAUAAACCAUUGCGUAUGGUUAAAACUGUAUUGCACGAAUUAGUCAAACUUCGUGGAACUGCAAUCAAGGGCCAUUUAUCUAUGGUUCCCAUAGAUAUUGAACCACAGCCUAUAAUUCUUGCAUACAUUGAACUUAACCUUCAGACUUUGGCAGCUGCCAGAAUGCUGAAUCCUGCUGGAGCGGUUGGUCAGUCCAACUGGGGAGACUCGGCUCAAAAUGGUCCAACAUCAGCAGCACCACACUCUGCAGAUGGACAGUUAAAGCAAGAGCUUGCUGCAAUUUUCAAGAAAAUUGGAGACAAACAGACUUGUUCGAUUGGUUUAUAUGAAUUAUAUCGCAUAACUCAGAUGCACCCGCAGGUAGAUAUUUUCUCACAGCUACAAAAUGCAAGUGAAGCAUUUCGGACAUAUAUUAGAGAUGGUUUAGCACAGAUGGAGAAAAACUCGGCAGCUGGCAGAACACCCUCUAGUGUGCCUAUAUCAACACCACCUCCAGUUUCUUCUCCCACUUAUAAUUCUUUACAACUUGCUCCACCUUCUCCUCUGAAUGAUAGGCUACAGAUGGUUCCAAACUUGCUCGCCUACCGUCAGGAGCCUGUAGAUGGAAAUGGCAUUGGAAAUUUUCAUGCUGGGGCCUAUGAUCAGUAUGAUACAAGGAAGCUUUCACAGAUACGUUACCUAGCUAGUCAAUACGAAAGCAACAAUUUUACUGAAGGUGAAAACAAAUCAGGUAACUCUGCUCCACGUGGCACGUUGGAUGCAAUUAGAGAAAGAAUGAAAAGCAUACAGGCUGCUGCUGCUGGAAAUCCUGUGACUGGAUCUCCGAAUUCAUAUUCAAAUGGAUUGCUGCAACCAGCGAUCUCUCAAUUCAGUAUCCCUGAAGUAAAUGAUUCUUCUAGUCCAGAGGCAUUGCCAGAGUCUGGUGAGGCACCUCCAAAGGAUGAGAAGGCAUUAUCUGUUCUUCAAGCCCGUAUGGAAAGGCUCAAAAGUGGAGUAAUUUAGAUUGUUUUAUGGAAAAUAUUGUGGAAUCAUCCUUAUUUUAGAGCUCAGGCUGUUCAAUUACAGUGAAGACGAGUGUUCUGAAUUGCCAAUAAGCCUAGGCCAUUUGGUUGCUCUACGGAAUAGCUGUGACAGUUUGUCCAGCUUUAUUUAGCAGCUGAUCAUCCGCCACCAUAUAUGUACUCUCUUGCAAGGCAGGGCUGGUGUUGAAAAUCGUAUGAGAUGUCUUGCAGGUUGUAAAUGAAAACUAUUUUUUGUCAGCCAAUAUACUAUCUCAGGCAUCCUGGCUAGUCUUUUCUCCAACAGCUUAUGUCUGGGCCUCAUACAAGUUGUCAGCAUUUCUGGAAACUUUUGAAUUAUUCUUACAUUAUUGACGAGUCAUCAAAGCGAUUCAGCUCCUUUGGAACGCUGGCAGGAGCCUGCGGCUUCCACUUUUUUGAUAGGGAGUUUUGAUGGAAAUUCCAUGUAAAAGGUAUUCGUGAUAUGUUCUUAUAAUCAAAUAAAGUUGUGAUUUUAGGUGCA